GACUGCGGGUCCACGCACGCCGGAUCUCGGUGGGUCGGAGCACCGCCAUGGCUCUCCUUUCCGACGGCUUAGACGAGCUGCCUGCCGCCUGCCUGUCCCCGUGCGGGCCGCCCAACCCGGCUGAGCUGUACAGCGAAGCUCAGCGCCUGGCGCUCGAGGAGUUGGUGGCCGGCGGUCCCGACGCCUUCGCGGCCUUUCUGCGACGCGAGCGCCUGGGUCGCUUCCUGAACCCCGACGAGGUGCGCGCCAUUCUGCGCGCGGCCAAGCGGCCGGGCGAAGAGGGCGCGGCGGCGGGAGUCGAGGACUCCUUUGGCUCAUCGCACGACUGCUCGUCCGGCACCUACUUCCCCGAGCAGUCGGACUUGGAGCCGCCGCUGCUGGAGCUCGGCUGGCCGGCUUUCUACCGGGGCGCCUACCGCGGCGCCACGCGCGUCGAGGCGCAUUUCCAGCCCCGCGGCGCGGGUGCCAGCGGCCCGCACGGCUGCAAAGAUGCGCUGCGCCAGCAACUCCGCUCCGCGCGAGAGGUGAUCGCGGUGGUGAUGGACGUCUUCACAGACAUCGACAUCUUCCGAGACCUGCAGGAAAUGUGUCGGAAACAGGGAGUUGCUGUAUACGUUCUUCUGGACCAUUCUCUGCUUUCCCAGUUUUUGGAUAUGUGCAUGGAUCUGAAAGUUCAUCCUGAGCAGGAAAAGCUGAUGACAGUUCGGACUAUUACGGGAAAUAUAUACUAUGCGAGGUCAGGAACUAAAAUUGUUGGGAAGGUUCAUGAGAAGUUCACAUUGAUUGACGGCAUUCGUGUGGCUACAGGCUCCUACAGUUUUACAUGGACAGAUGGCAAAUUAAAUAGCAGUAACUUGGUCAUUCUGUCCGGCCAAGUGGUUGAACACUUUGACCUGGAGUUCCGAAUCCUAUACGCACAGUCAGAGCCCAUAAGCUCCAAACUCCUGUCCAGCUUUCGGAUCAGCGGCAAGUUUGACCAUCUAAUUGACCGGAAACCACUGUCCAAGGAGCUCACGUUGGGCAAUCUGCUGCGGCUGCGGCUGGCCAGGCUCUCGAGCACCCCCAAGAAAGCUGAGCUGGAGUGUGGGGCGCCUGCCAAGGGCAAAGAGGAGGCCAGGCGCCACGACUCCGAGUCCUCCACCAUCAGUGAGGAAGACUACUUCAACAGCCACAAGGACACACCAGAGGAUGGAAAGACGACCGAUGCCGCAACUCAGACAGAGCCAGGAGAGGAGGUGCUAGCCGUGUGCGUGAGCGACUCGGGAACACAAACCAGCACCGCCACAGCCAGUGCUGGGACCCAGACCACAGUCGCCACCAGGGCAGCAAGUUCCCAAACUGCGGUUCGAGUCAUGUCCGCCACCACCCAGACUGCCGUGGACGAGAAUAUUCUCUUUUCUCAGGGAAUCCAGUCUAAAGAAGGGUCCCCAGUAUCAAAGAUGUCUGUGUCGAGAUCUUCCAGCUUGAAGUCCUCCUCCUCUCUGUCUUCUCAGGGCUCUGUGGCAAGCUCCUUCGGCUCCCAGACUUCCAUCAGAGCCACUGACCUCGUCUUUCCCGGGCAUUCCAAGUACUGGGGCACCCCCCACUUCGACUCAUUUAGAAACUUGAAUAAAGAGCGGCAGUUGCACUUUUCUGGUAUCAGGUCCCGGCUCAACCAUAUGCUGGCCAUGCUCUCAAGGAGAACAUUUCUUACUGAAAACUAUCCUGGCUUUAAUUCUGGAAAUUACAGCAGAGCAUCAGUUAAUUUGCUGGCUAUUAGAGAUAUCACACUUUAUCCCUCCUAUCAGUGACUGGUCAGCGUUCAGAGCCUCUGGGUUCAGCCAGGCUUGCGGUAGACCUCAUCUCAUCAGAGGAUACUGCUUUAUAAAAUGUCUCCUCUCCCUAAUUGUUUUUCUUGCACCUGAUUUUUAGUCACAUGAUUUUCUUUGAAUUCUAUAAACUGUAUGUUAUUUUAUGCUUUUGUUUUAUUUUCGUCAUAUGUAAACCAAGUAUUGGGUUUAUGGUUUAAACACUAUGGGUACAGUUUCUUUGCACAGUUUUAAUAUUGAUAUCUCUUGAAGAGAAUGUUUAGGGGUUCUCAGGUUAAUUCAAGUAAGAGAUAAAAUAUGUUUUGCAUUCUAGAUUUGUUUGCUCUUCUGUUUUAGAGGUUUGAAUCACUCGUUUUUAUGAUCAAAAUCUUGUUUAGAAUAAACUUUCUUAAUUGUCUCUUCUUUAGGAUAUUGUGUUCUUAAUAUUCUUAGCAUUAACUAAACAAAUUUUUAAAAACUGGUGAUUGCAUAAGAAUCUUUUUUUUUUUUUUUUUGCUUCCUGGCACUUUUUUCUUUAACUCUGGGGGUGUGCCAUAAGUAAUGCACUUAAUAGUUAUUUACGCAUUUUUUAAAUAGCGUUGGGUAGAGAAGAAGUAGAUGAUCCAAACUGUAAAAGAGAAAAUAUUCCCUUAAAAGUUAGAAGACAAAAAGAAGCAGGUGUCAGGGUCAUCUCUUCCUUAGCAACAUGAAUAUUGAUGUUACUAUCUCUGUAGUUUUAAUGAGGAAACUUGCCAGACAGAAAUCGUAGGCCUUUUCAUGAGCAUGAGCCUCUAACUUGUCUUUUUUCCAGGAAAAAGCUAGAGCUAUUUAGACAGGGACCUAAGUUCCCUGCCUCUUUGUUAAAGAAGGCCUUACUGUACAUUCUUAGAUUCAUCCCUGAUAUUAACUCUAGAGGCCCCAUGGGCUUAAUUUCAUCAGAUGGGUGUAUUGACAAUGAUUCCGCAAUCUAAUAUCCUGGAAUAGGGGCAAAGAGGACACUGACAAUUAUCCCAGAUGCCUAGUCCAUUGGCAGGCAAUGCAGCUGGUUUCUACAUCCUGCUAAUCAGGGUUGCUAUGGCUGUGGAAUCCUGUUUUUGUCUAGUCUCAUUUGCAUGGACAGACAAAAGGAGAGUUAAAUGAUGGCUUCCUACUUCUGAUCUGGCUAGAGCAAAAGAGAUCUGUAAUAGGGGUGGGUGGUGUUGGCCACACAGACCCCUGAGCACACCUGCUGGUUUUAAUGUGUGCACCGGGACUCCCUUAUGGUCACCAGGUUAUUUGUUGGGUUAGUGCUAUAAUCUGGGCUGUGAAGCAGACCAGACAACUGGUUCAUGUCCACUCAUGAACAACUCUGGCCUAUGCCUUGGAGAAACAUUAUUUAAAACCACUAACAGAUGUAAAUAAUUUCCCAUGUUAUCUAUGACCCUCACAAAAUAUAGUGGUUGGAGAGCUGUUAUUCUCAAUUUUAAGGUGAAGAAACUGAACCUCAGGUUAAGUAGCAUAGUCAAGGUCACAUGGCUGGUAAAUGGUGAUAAAAAUAUUUAAACACAGGUUUCCAGAUUCUAAGUUCAACAGUCCUUUAUAUUACUGUUUCUUUAUAGAGAGCAUGGAGGCAUUAGAGGGUGUACCUUGAGAAAUGGCAGUUAAUGCAAUGGUGAAUUGAACACAUAAAUUUAACCUCAUGAACAAACGUAGGUAUGCUUGAAAUUUCAACUCAAACGUGUUCUAUGGAACUAUUAAUAGACAUUCAUAAAAAAGGUUCUGUGUUCAGUUUGGGAAAUAAUGGAUCAGAUAAAUUUAAACAGGAUUCUUUAUUGCAGGACUACUCAGACUUUUGAAUGAAGUAAUGAUCGCACUGACUCUCAGAGCAGGGCAGGUGUAUGGCCUAUCACAAGCUUACCUGACCAUAGAGUCCUCUUUUUGUGGAGCAGGACUCAAAUCUAUUCUCUGAGAGUAUUGUCGGCGAUUAGAAAUAAGAAUAAGAGGUGUAUAAAAUCCUAAGAAAAUGGCCUGGUCUCUCAGAGUAAGCAAAGCUUUUCUGGCACUCAUCUAGAGAGUAUCACUACAGGGCAGAGUUUCUCAAGGUGAGAUCUGAGAACCACCUGCAUCAGAGUCAGCUGGAUCCUUGUGUAAAAUGUAGAUUAUUGUCCCAUUCCCAGGGGAGGGGGUGAGUGGGUGUGGCGAUCAUUUAGUUCAAAAAUAUUUGUUGCUAUUUCCUAGGAGAGAAUUUCCUUAUCUGUCUAAUGUCAGCCUUGGCCAUUACAGAAGAGGCUAUAAAUAUUUCAGUAUAUAUCUAAAAGAUAACAGCUCACUUUAAAAAAAACAACCACAUUGCAAUGAUCAUAACUAAACAACUUUGAUAAAAAUGUCUAUCAUCAAAUAAAAUCAAUAUUCAAAUUCA